ACAUAUGAGAUGGUUAUACAUGGAAAAAUUGUCAGAAAUUACCCAUAUCUAAUACUCCCUUGACCCUUCAUACAAAAAACUUUUCAUUUUAUUCUUACUGUUUGUCUUAUAAAACAUUUCUCAUUCAAGUCUUGACUUGACUUUAUUCGAAUUGCAUUCCAAUAAAAUUGUGAUAUUUUAAUUGGGUUAUUCUAAAUUUUAACAUGUGGAUAUUAUUUUUCUGUCCUUGCAGUUUUUAGUUGAUCUCCAACGGUAUUUCUAACCAAUUUUGUCCAGUUGCUAACAUAAAUUGUAGAACUGCAGUUAUUUCAGCUUAGUGCAGUCAUUUUCAACUAUCAUAACUCAUUAUAAGUGGGACUGGUGCAAUAUGAAAUCAGUUUACAACCACAUACUGAUGAUUUUUCACUGAAGCAUAUCUCUAAGAUCUUAAAACACAAAACAUUCCAUGACUUAAAUUCUCAAAAUAAUGUAGCAUCUAUUACCAAUUGUGCAUGAACAAAAAAGUUAAAAGAAGAUUAUAUAGUAUAGUUAUAACUAUGGACUACCUGAGUUUUGUGCUGUGUCUUCUACUAUCAUGGGCUGCUAUCCACUUCCUCUUUUCAAAUGUAAGGAAAAGUCGUGAAUCGAAUCCCAGGAACUUGCCACCAGGUCCUCCCACUCUACCCAUCUUCGGGAAUCUCUUCAGCCUCGGUGCAAAACUACAUGUUUCUUUGGCUGAACUUGCCAAGAGUUAUGGCCCUCUCAUGACUCUGCAGCUCGGCCAAGUGACGACAGUGAUCGUUUCCUCAGCUGCCAUGGCAAAAGAAGUCCUUCAAAAGAAUGACCUUCAUCUCUCUAACAGGCCGGUCAUUGAUGCUGUUCGUGCACUCGACCACCAUCAUAAUUCAAUCAUCUGGAUGUCACUUUCACCUCUUUGGAGAAAUCUACGAAAAAUCACUAACUCUGAAGUUUUUUCUGCUCAUAAACUUGACAGGAGCCAAGGUCUUCGAAGGGAAAAGGUAAGAGAUCUCCUUAACUAUGUCCGAAAGCAAAGUGAAGCAGGUUUGACAGUAGACAUUGGGCAAGUAGCGUUCACCACCUCACUGAAUUUGCUAUCAAACAGCUUCUUUUCAAUGGAUUUGGGUGACCCCAAAUCUGAAAAUGCUUGCAAUUUUAGAGACACUACGCGAGGUAUAAUGGAAGAAUUGGGGAAACCCAACUUUGCUGAUUAUUUCCCUAUUUUGAAAAAGAUAGACCCCCAAGGCAUCAGACGGCGUACAAGUCUACACUUUGGGAAGUUGAUUGAUUUCUUCAACAUCAUAAUUGACCAACGAUUGCAGGGCAAGAGACUACCAGGAUCAACGAUACAAGGCAAUGAUGUUCUGGAUACCUUACUUGGCAUCAGUCAAGAAAAAUCUGAGGAAUUACCACUAUCAACAAUUCCUCAUCUGCUAAUGAACCUGUUUGGUGCAGGAACUGACACAACAUCGUCUACACUCGAAUGGGCAAUGGCAGAAUUGCUUUGCAACCCAGAAAAGCUGAAGAAAGCACAAGCAGAGCUCCAAGAAACCAUUGGAAAAGAAAACCCAGUUGAAGAAUCUGAUAUGGCCAGGCUCCCAUACUUGCAGGCCAUUGUCAAAGAAACCUUAAGACUACACCCAGCAGCACCACUUCUGGUGCCAAGAAAAGCUGACUCGGAUGUGAAGCUUUGUGGUUUUACCGUGCCAAAAGACACACAAGUGCUGGUCAAUGUAUGGGCAAUUGGGAGAGAUCCGGAGCUGUGGGAAAACCCAAACUCAUUUGAGCCAGAGAGAUUUAUGGGGUCUGAAAUUGAUGUAAAAGGUCGUGAUUUCGAGCUGAUUCCAUUUGGUGCAGGCCGUAGGAUCUGCCCUGGGCUGCCACUGGCUAUUCGUAUGAUCCAUUUGAUGCUGGGAUCACUGAUUCACAAGUUUGAUUGGAGGCUGGAAGGAGGUACUCUGCCAGAGAAGAUGGAUAUGGAGGAGAAGUUUGGGAUCACAUUGGAAAAAGCUCAGCGACUUCAUGCAGUUCCAAUGCUUCGCACCUGAAAUUUUAUAAGUUUUGGGAUCAGCUUGGAAGAUUCUCAGAAAUUCCUUCACACUUCAGUUUGAGUGUGAUAAUCUCAUUGUUAGUUUUUUUCUAAAAAAAAAAAAACACAUUAUUUCAAUUCCAGCAAAAUUUCUGUAGUUCUUUAACUUUGGUUAUUAUCCAGAUGUUAAUAAGAGUAAUAGUUGCACAAAAGCACUAAAUAAUCACAUGCUUCAAAUCAAGGAUGUCAAGAAACCUGAUAUAACAUAAUACUGGUCUUGAUACUGAAAUUAAAAAAUAAUCAAAUCUAUGGACCGGUGAUAAAGAGGCAGAACAAUUCAAUUCUCACUCCAUACAUGCAUGCAGCAUUGAACCCACAGAAAAAAAGAAAGACAGAAUCAACAGAAUGAUGACUAUGGAGUAUGACAGAUUAUUAAACUAUAUGAUAUUCUGAAUAUAGAAUUAAUAUAAGCUCAUUUCAUCAAAACUCAAAUUAAUUUGACGAAAUUGUCCAAAAAAAAAAACCAACUAAAUUGAUGAAAGAAGAGGGUGUUAUCCUUAUAAAAGUCUAUAUCACUAUAUACCUUCCAUUUCAUCGUGUAAAAUAACUCUUUUCCCCAAAUGAUUCAUCUUUCAUUCACAGCUAAAUCAUUAGCUUCCUUAAGGCCCAAAUAAGUAAAACUCUCAUAUUAGAUUGAACUCGCGUAAGAUUUCUGACUUACCUUUGUACUUCAUGGACCAUAGAAAAGAGGGAGAGAAUAAAGUGGAAGGUCAAUGCCAGAACUACAGCCUCCCAACAUCUGUUUGUCAUCAUAUUGUGGUGAUUUUUUUUGGAUUAAACUCUCAGACAGUACAUCAAAUGGCUGAGGUUUCCUUUUGACCUAUUAGAUAAUCUAUGUUAUGAUACAGAGUUGCCACUCCUCAUCGAGCAACAUUUUAAGACCUCAACAUCGGCCAAAGCUGAAGUGCUGAGCAACAUGCAAAUGCAGUGAAUUUUAUCUGAUUUUAAAUGAUGAAAACAAAUAAUUAGAAAAUUCAAACUUGUUUCCCAAUAAAAUCAUUCUUUUGCACACUACAUAAAAUCAUUCACAAAACAACCAUAUCCAAUAAACAGCAGAAUACUUGUCAAAAAAAAAAAAAAAAAAAAAAAAAAAA